UUUUGAUUUUAUUGAUUCUGUAAUCGACCGUAAACCGUUUAACAAGAAUUUGUUGGGAGAUUAAUCUUAUUCCUAAGUGACAUUAAAUAUUUUUUAUUACGAAAGUGUCUGUAUUGUAUUAUUGAAAUUUGAUUUCAUCAUAGAGGAGUGCUAGAAGUUUUGAGAAUGUCGUCCGGUGACACAUUGUCUGGACAGAAUAUACAGCUCUCUCCUUUACGAAGUUUGGAUGACUUUAUAUUAGGGUCUGCUCGUUUUCAAAUCCCAAAUAUAAAAGAUGUGGAGAAAUGGAGCAAUCGUGUAGUAAAAAAUUUACUAUAUUAUCAAACAAACUAUUUUCUCCAAUUUUUGGUUAUUUAUGGUUUGAUGAUUGUACUGAACCCUCAUAAAAUUGUUUGCGGACUUACGGUACAAACACUAAUAAUAGUGGUUUUGUUGGGAUUUUUCUCAAAGAAGCCGAAAUCAAAAUUUAAGCUUUUUGCCAAUUGGUCAAGUAUUAUCCAAGAAAACCCGCAGCAGAAAUGGUAUUUCCUUGCCGGUGUUGUUUUGUGUGGCUAUCUUACAUUGCGGUGGUUGAAUUCAAUUUUAUUGUCAACUUUUACUCUACUUCUUCCCAUAUCGUUGACGUUUGUACACGCAUCAUUACGUUUGAGAAAUAUCAAAAACAAGGUGGUAAAUACAAUGGAAAGCUUCAAUCCUUCCACACCAAUGGGAGUAUUUCUAGAUUUGCUGAACAUUACUAUGGACAAUUGAAUAUAUCAAUACUUUAUUGUUAAACUUGUCUUGUAAAAUAUGAAAUUCACAGUGAAAAAACAUAUUUUUUAUUAUCCAUGUAAACUUUACAAUCAUAUAUAUAAGGAAAACUUAAGAAAAUUCCCCAAUUUCGUGGAUAAAAUGGGUAUUUGCAUAGAGGAUGUUCUAGUAAGAAUAUAUAAACAUACUAUAUAGCAGCAGAAGACGUAUAGUUCUCGAGAUAUUCGCGUUUAAAAUACAAAAAUUACACUCGUAUUAUACAAUGUUAUGUCCACUAACAUAUUUCUAAAUAGUGCACAAAUAAUUGUAAAUCUUUACUAAAGUUUUCUUAAAAUUUAUGGAUUUGCACAAUAAUAAAAUGGUUACAUGUAAACAAAUAGUAAGCGUUACCAUACCCGUACUUUACAAACGAACUAAAAUAAAUAAAAUGGAAAAGAUUGAACAGCACAUACAAGAAUCAAAUACUUAGAAAUUUACAUGAUAAAAACUUAACUAGUUGAUUUUUAACUUCAUUGCUGUUAUUGCUUAAACUUUGAUGGUUUUACUUCAUCUCAAUAUAUAUUUUUUUCCAUUCCUUUAUA